AUUAGUUGGUAAUAUUGCAUUGGCGAAACUGUUGGGGGCAAGUUUUAUUGAGUACGACUGAUUGCAAAUGCUUUCUGAAGAUUUGAUACUUCCUUAAAGUUGGAAUUCAGAUGAAAAAAAUUUAAAAAAAGGCAUGGAUGACCAACCUCUAGAUCUCAGUAAAAAACGCUUAUCUUCUGCAGAAGAAUUGCGAAUAUUUUCCUCAGAAAAACAGCAAGAGUCUGCAAAAGAAAAUGGAAAUCUAUAUUCAGUUGAAAUUGUCAGAUCUCAAGCAGAUUCAUUUUUAAAACCUGAAAAAAAUACAGUGAGAACUUUUGAGGAUGUACGUAUGAGAUCUGUCCAUCCACAUCAAAGGAACAAAGAAAAGGGAAUUCUUAAACUUCAAGAUUUGAUUGCAAGAAAUCCUUGCAACAAGACAAAAGCUAACGAAAAUCAUCCGAACGAAUUUGGAGGAAAGAGAAAAAAACUAUUUGACUCUUUCUCUAAUAGAUUGAUAAAAAUGUCUACAAAGACAUCUGUUGAUCAGGACUGCAAAUGGAGAGAUGUCAGAGACAAUUCAUCUCCGGAAGGAUUAGUGAGCACAGCUGGAAAUAAUAAUCAUGAUUAUGAUUCUGUAGGAUAUCUAGGCGAUUCAAACAUUUUCAAGGAAAAUUCAACUAUCAUUUGUAAAUACUGUAAUAAAGUUUUGUACAAAUCCAGCUAUAAUAAGCACAUUCGGACCCAUACUGGCGAAAAGCCUUACAAAUGUGAUUAUUGUGAUAAAUGCUUCUCACAGAGUAAUGAUCGUAAAGUGCAUAUGAGAAUAUACACGGAAGAAAGGCCUUACCGGUGUCAGUUCUGUAAUAAGACAUUUAAAUGCUCAAGCCAUCUUUCAGCUCAUACUAGAACACACACCGGAGAAAAGCCUUUCAUAUGCCCAACUUGUGGUAAGGCUUAUAAACGGAAUUUUAGUAUGAAAACACAUGAAAAGAUGCACAAAGAAAAAAAGGGAAGAAAAAUAAAUGGUUGAAUUGAUUUUUAUUCUUUAUUUGAAAUUUGUUUAAUCUAUAUUUUAGGGAUAUUUUAUCUUUGAUGAAGUAUUUUUAUUUAACAGACGAAUAACUGAAAUAAAAAGCUGAUAAGAAUGAAAAUAUUCUGUAUUUGACUAUUAAUAGAAUUUAACGACAAAAAAAAAAAGUUUUAUUCUGUGACUAACAGCGGUUGUCUGCAUAUCUGUAUAGAUGAA